AUGGCUCUCGCGCCAUCAAGUGUCUAUCAAAAAGUGCAAACACCGUCAACCAAAAUCGUCAAUGUGAACUCGGAUAAGGCUACCGAACAUUGGCAUAUCAAUCAAACCGUACUCUUGGAAACGGGACACGUUACCCUAAAGAAUGAGGAAAGAAGCGUCAUGGCCGGGCUCAUGAUGGAUCGAGGCAGCAUGAGCUCAUACAUACGUCGGGAAAUAGCACAAAAGUUGAAUCUACGUUCAAAAGGAGCGCAGUCACUGUAUGUGAAUGGAUUCGGAGGUCACUCAUCAAAACGCGUCAACCAAAUUGUGGAUGUAAUCAUCAAAACUUCGGACGGGGACAAAGUAAUCGAUGCAUUGGUUACUGAUGAAAUUGUCAAGCCUAUCAGGCAGCAGGGAUGGGGGGCCUGUCUCGAUUGCGAUUACAGAGCCGAACAUGAAACCAAUCUAGCAAAUAACUUCACUGAAGACCCGUUCAUCGUGGACAUUAUGAUCGGUUGUGAUCACGCUUUCGAAUUUCUGGAAAAUCGCAUCAUAAAGGGUGACGGUCCAACUGUACAAUUCUCUAAUCUUGGAUGCUUUGUUUCGGGUAGGCUUAAACCACAGAAGUCGCGUACCGUGCUCACGGCCUGUAACACGGAGAACAACGCCAUGGACUGCUUCAGGGAGGACAGUCAAAUCGAUCACUUGGAGAACGUUUUGCGAGCGAACGUUCUCAGCGACACAGGGAUGACAGAUAUGGACUACGAAGAUAAUUAUAAAGAAAAGUACAUGGAAAGGAUACAAUUUCGGGAUGGACAUUACUACGUGCCACUACCCUGGAGACCAGAUCACCCGGAGUUACAGAACAAUUACAACACCUGCAAGGGAAGGAUAAAUGAAGUAAUGCACAGAUUGCGUAAGUUGAACCUUGUCCAUGCCUAUGUUAAUGUUAUGAAGGAGAACAUUUCCAAGGGGUACGUCUCAGAAGUCACCACGGCGCCCACCUCCCGCCUUGAUGAAGAGUUUUUUCUGCCCCACUUUCCAGUUCUCCGAGACAGCGAAACCACCCCACUAAGGAUUGUUUUUGAUGCUAGCUGCGGCUCACCUUCCCUCAACUCUUGUCUGUAUGAGGGACCGAACAUGAUUCAAGAUUUGACUGAACUGCUCCACCUCUUUCGCACGAAGAAGAUCGCCAUCUCGGCCGACAUCGUUAGGGCCUUUCUGUCAGUUCGUCUAUUCGAAUCAGAACGUAAAUUUGUCAACUUUUUAUGGUAUAAGGACAAUGAUGUAACCAAGGGACUCGUACCAUACCACUGCAACACCGUAAUCUUCGGAAACGUGACAAGUCCAUUCGCGCUAGCUAUUACGCUGCACAAACACCUAUCUGCUUUCGAUGGCAAAGUAGCCGAGGACAUGAAAGAAAAGCUUUACGUAGACAAUCUGCUCACCGGGGUGACUGAUGAAGCUGAAGCAUUGGAAUAUUAUACACAGUCACGAGACAUUAUGAACAAAGGAUCAUUUCUGCUCAGGCAAUGGUCCAGCAACUCGCCAAAGUUAAGCGCAGUAGCGGAAUCGGAUGGUUCGAACGCCAAAAGUGAAGAGGUAUCGGUCUUGGGGUUAAAAUGGCACCCAGAAAAGGACACAUUGUCGAUCGAACGCAAGAUCAAGGAACAACCACGCAGCAAGGUAAACACCAAGCGCACCGUUACGUCAGAAUCAGCUUCAGUAUUUGAUCCGUUGGGAUUUUUAGGACCACUACACGUUCCCGCGAAAUCAUUUGUAAAUCAAUUAUGGCAAGCUGGCAAAGAUUGGGAUGACAAGCUUCCCUGGCCGAAAAUGAACAAUGGAGUAUAG